AUGCAAUCCAAUAAAUCAACACAACCAAAUACAUCUUCUCAACGAAAUGGUUCUUCGCCAGUUUCACCUGUUAUUUUAGAUUCAUCAUCAGCUAUAAAAUUGAGUAUGGGAACAAUGAUGUAUCACGAAAGAGCUUUGAUGGCUCGAAAUGAUAUAUGGCAUAGAAUAUUAAUACUUCGUGGUGGUCUAUAUGAUAAAGAAGUUAUUUUAAAAAGUAUUUUAAAUGCUGUAAAUCCAGCAGAUUUAAUUCCUGUAAAAUAUCAAAUUAUAGGCGAAGAUUCGUGUUUUAUUGCCAGAAACUGUGAUCGAGCUUUAGAUCAAUUAUGCAAAUCUAGCUUAAUUGUUCAAUGCUUAGAUGGAAGUCCUUUAAUUUUGUCAAUAACACUUGCAUUUGCUUCUAUUCAUGAUCUUAAAAUUAACAUACAGCCUCUUUUAUUGACAGUGUUAAGAAAAAGAUAUAAUGCAGAAAAAAAGCUCUUAAUUUUAGAUAAUUUUCAUAAGGAUCCAGAAAUAUAUAAAACAGUGUACUGCCCUUUGUCACAAUGCAAAACUAUGAUCCAUGUUUUGAAACUAUCAAAAACUGCUCUUGGACCUUUCGAAUAUUUAAGUUUACAAAAUAAUGAACUUUCUCAAUUAACAGUUUUAGAAUCUACAAACAUAAAAUCUAUUAAAUAUUUAGAUUUAAGGCAUAAUAAUAUAUUACAGAUAGAUGAAUUACAGCCACUUAAAACACUGAGUAUUACAGAACUUUGGAUCGAUGGAAAUCCUUUAUGUGAAAAUUAUUCUAGUGCUAGUCAAUAUGUUGAAGCUGUAAAACAUUAUUGCUCAAGUGUGUAUAAACUAGAUGGAGUAUUAGUAAAUUCAGUAGGACUUCCAUUAGUUUUCAAAAGUUAUGUGAAAAAUUGGAAAAAAAGAAAAUUAGUUGAACAGUUUAUACAACAUUUCUUUACAGCUUACGAUAACAGAGAUAGAAGUGUAAUGAGAGGUUUAUACCAUGAUAAUGCAUGGUAUUCUACAACAGUUGGUAUGGCAAGUUCAUUGAUAAAUAAAAAGUAUCUUGAACAUUUUAGUCAAGAGAAUAGAAAUUUAUUAAUUUUUGGUAAAAAUAAUCGACAAUGUUUAUAUUACGGUCAAGAACAAAUUUUAAAUAUAUUGAAACAAAUGCCUGCUUCUCAACACAUUUAUAAUUCAUUUUGCUGUGAUCUUAUGUACAGUAAUAAUGAUUUAUUAACUAUAUCUGUAGAAGGACUAUUUAAAUUAUGUAGUGCUUCAAAUCAAAUAUACUGUUUUAAUCGUACAUUUAUUAUAUCCGAAGAAGAAGACAAUGAAUUUAAAUUAUUAAAUGAUCAAUACCAUAUAUAUCUACCAAUUCAUGAAAUAGAUUAUAUAAUAUAUAACAUAGAAAAUGAAAACCCACCUACAUUUAAAGCAACUUGUUUUAGUCCUAGUGAAAAAGAAAAUUUAAUUCUUACUUUGCAAGAAUCUACAAUGAUGACAUUGGAUUACUGUGAACAAUAUUUAAAAGAUGCAGCUUGGGAUUUAAGAAAGACAAUAAUAAAUUUUUUACAUCACUAUAAAAAUGGCCAAAUACCAAAAGACGCUUUUAACAAAUAAGAAAAAUAAUG